AAUUUCCGGGUUCAUUUGCCGGUAGAUAAAUUGAUAUAUCAUCAUCAUACAUAAACAACAACUAGAAACAACUGUGAUCAUUCGUGAUGUCAAAUGAAGGUCAAAGUAAUGCGGAACCGGAAGAAGAAUACACACCACCGGGUGUUGAAGAGUAUUCUGAAUACUGGAAAAAAGAUACAGUCUUUCUGAAAGAGGCAAAUGAGUGUUUACUCAAAUACCAUGAAAAACUCAUGGGGGAUAAAAAGCACCAGAAGGUGUUUAUUCCUUUGUGUGGGAGAGCUGCUGAGCUGAAAUACUUCGCUGAACUGGGACACGAUGUUGUUGGCGUGGAAUUUGCAGAGAUCGCUAUACACCAGUUCUUCGAAAUGUUUGGCAUCACUUACGAAACGAAACCCUUGGAGGAUCCUGAUGGAACGUUAUAUACAAGCACCACUGAGAACAUGAAUAUUCGGAUCUAUUGCUGCGAUUUCUUCAAGUUUAAGCCACAGCUAGAGAAGGAUUUCCAGGCCGUAUGGGAUGCUGGCUCGCUGUAUUCCUUACCAUUGUCACAGAGAGAGGAGUAUGUCACCGUCAUUAAGUCCAUAUUAGCACCGGAAAGCAAGACUCUGCUGAUGACCGAUGUUCCCUGCUUGAGUGAUGAAGUGACGACGAGCGACCUCAAACAAAUGUACGGAACAGAUUUUACAGUCGAAGAUCUGGGCUACACUAAGACAGAGAGAAAAGAUUAUGAACAGUUUGGCUUAGAGGGUUUCAACAUGUUUUUUAUUUCCUCUGGUGUUGUUGUGUAACGGGCGCAAGGUUGCGCUGAUCCGUCAAUUUUGUAUAUGGAUGGAACUUUUAUGUGCCCCUCCGCGUGUGUUGAUGUAUUCUCACCGUUAUGAAACAUUUUAUUUUAACGGAGCGUUGUUCAUUCAUCGUGCUAUGUCACAAACGUCAUGAAUUGUGACCCUAGAGUCGGGACUAUAAUAAACACA